UUGUUUUUAAAUAUACUAGUUGUUUUACUUUUAUAUCAAAAGUUUUAGACACUCAACAUAAACAUUUUUACGAUAUCAUUAGGUUUAAUCGUGAUGUAAUACAGCUCUUUUUGAGCAAACUGUCACGUGAUAUUUUUAAACCAUUGUUCACCGACACAUUUGGCGUUGCAGGUCUUAGGUCAAGCUGAAUUAUUUCACAUCUAUAGACACUGACGUAAGCGCGUACGCACGGUGCGAAUACACAGAGAAAGAUCUAUCGGCCAACAUUAUCAUUUAUCCAACCAACAUCAAAGAACAGAGAGAGAGAGAGAGAGAGAGAGAGAGAGAGAGAAAGAGAGAGAGAGAGGGCAAACGAGUGUCGCAGCAGCACUUAGGCGGAUUGGACAUUAUCUUUGUAGGUGGGAUAGCGCAAGCGCGCCAACACAGAGCGCGCAGGAGCUGAAUGAUCACCAUGGCAACACCAACAGCAGCCUCAUCAGCACCAGCAGAAGCCGCUCAUGCCCGUAUCAACACUGAGACCUGUCGUAUAUUCACAAACACACACUCCCUCUCAACUUAAUGACAUAGGAUCUAAGCGGGUGCGCGGAUCACGUCUCCGGGGUCGCGCAGCAGCGUCGUCGCACAGGCAGGUGAUGGAAUAGAUGAUGUCAGAAGUUCAGGGUACUGUGGAGUUCUCGGUGGAGUUACACAAGUUUCACAAUGUGGAUCUCUUCCAGAGAGGCUUCUAUCAGGUGAGAGCGAAUUUGCGGGUGUCACCUCGAGUCCCUCACAGAGUCAUUGCCACAACACCUGGAUAUACAGGCGAGAGCAGUUUCAUCACCGCCGGGGUUCACGAUGGAGCGGUCUUUAGUCGGAUAUUUCAAAUCCUCUACAGGAAUGAAGAGGUGACCCUGGAAGACCGCAUGAACUUUAGAGUUCAUCUGCUGCUGGAUGGAGAGAAGGUAGAGGAGGCCAUGAGCGAGGUGGACGUCCAGCUCAAAUUAGAUCUGCACUUCACAGACAAUGAACAGCAGUUGGCAGAUAUCUCCUCUGUGCCUCUGAUUAGCAGCAGGACGUUGGGUCUUCACUUUCAUCCACACCACGGCCUUCACCAUCAUCUGCCCGUCAUGUUCGAUUACUUCCACCUGUCUGUGAUCUCCGUCUCCAUUCACGCCGCCCUGGUGGCGCUGCACCAGCCGUUGAUCAGUUUUGCACGGAGCGGUAAGGGGGCGUGGCUGGGUAAAGGCUCUCCGGAGACAGAGGCCCCGCCUUCAAUGAUGUCAGUAGAGAAUCUGAUGUUCGGGGCAGGGUAUUGCAAACCUGUUCCAACAGAGGGCAGUUUUUACGUGCCAUCGGAGAACUGUCUUCAGAGAGCUUACACGUGGCACAGACACAUCUGUAAACUGUUGCUGGCCGCUCACAGAGGUCUGCGCUCGUAUUACACGGCACUAAUGAAGGAGAUUCCUCAACUCCAGCGAAUAGAAACGGAGGACCUUCAUGUUGAAGAAACAUUAAACCAGCUCACAGCUAAACUGCAGUUGCAGGGUGGUCAUGAGAAAGUAGCAGAAGAGAUCAGUAAAGAUCUGAACCAGCUCUGUGCUCAGCUGUCUGCUGUUUGGACUCGCUUUUUGGAAGCUACGGUUCCUAAUCCACAUAUCCGCUCCUAUCUGGCCCAGGAACACCACACGCUCAGGGUCCGGAGGUUUUCUGAAGGGUACUUUUUCACUGAACAUCUGAAAGAGACUUCCCUCACAUUUCAGGAGGAAUUGAUUAGCAGGCAUGCGCAGGUGGCCGCAGACAUGCGUAACUCGGAUUAUCUGCUCCGAAUGCCUCCGUUACCCGUGGAAUGUCUGGACAUUGAUGGAGACUGGAGCAGCUUGCCGAUCAUCUUCGAGGACAGAUACGUGGACAAACCCUGUUUAGACUAUACUACCCAUGUGCAGAAUCAGGUCUCCAUAUUUCAGACAUCACCUGAGAUGAACAGGACAGAAAACCAGACCACGUGUGUGGUCGAGGGGACAAAAGACAAUUAUACACCAGCAAAACCCCUCAGUGAAGAUUACAUGGACCGUAAGGAGACCGGAGCUGAAGAAGAGGCUGUGAUUGGCUGUGAUGCAGAUAUUGACAGAAACAAACAUGUCAUGACUCGGUCUGGUUCAAGAAUUGAGGCUAUCGAUGAAGUCACGUGCUAUUAUGAAACUGAGGAAAGAAAUGAGGAAAUAGACUCGAUGUCUGUGGAUGGCAUUGAUGCAAUAGUUAUCGAAGAAAAAACUGAAACAAACUAUGAAAAUGCAUUCGCAACACCAAGCAAUACUGGGAACGAGGACCUACAAUCAGUAUUAAAUGACAGAAACAUUGAAGUGCCCGCCGCAAAGGAUUGUGGGAGUAUAUACACCACACCAGCGAAUCUAGCCACUCCCCCUUCUCGAAACACUUUACAACAGAUCCGCCGCCUGUCCGAGACUCCGCCCAGGGGCGUGUUCACGAGCGGGUCUAAGCUAAUGAACCGUUCCUCCUCUGUGAUCUCAGAUUCUGGCAUCGAAAGCGAGCCAAGCUCCGUAGCCUGGACUCUGGAGGGUCGAGGUGGGGUCACAGUGGGCCGUGAUGUCUUGGCACGGUGCCGGACGGCGCACCAGAGCUCCUUGGAGGGCCUACAGACGGAAAGUCACGGCAGCAUACCGAGCGUCACGCAGGCGUCUCUGACCUCCAUAAGCUCCCUGCCGUACGAAGAGGAUGAGGAAAGGCAGCUUAACACUUUGACAAAAUCCGCCUCGGCACCGCAGAUCAGCAGCCCCGAUGACACGGAGGGAACGCAGGAUCAAACAUCCGAUCAGGAAUCUGAAACAAAUUUCGUGCCAGCAACAUUCCUAUACCAGCAAUUUGUGACAGACGACGGUGUUGAAAAUGCCACUGAAAUAACUAAGGAUUCGGAUGAAUGUCAAGAAAAUAAUUUAGGUCUUGUGCGUGACAACCCAGAGCUUUGUACCUUUGAGUUAAAUACAUAUGAAGAAGACAACGAUGACAUCAGCAUUCGUCGGAUUCAAUUGAAAAACGCAAGUACAGAGAAUCUCUCCGAUUUAACAGUCAAUAGCUGUACAACCAAUGAGAAAGAAAGGCCUAGUGACCUCAUUGAACUUCCAGCCAAUGAGAGAGAGCAGCUGGCAGUAGAGGGACAAAGCAGAGCCGAUAAAGCGUCCAGUUUAGGUCUGGCAUUUGUGAAUAAAAAGGUGGUGGAGGUCGUGAACCUGUCGGUUUCGUGCGCUCCCACAUGUCUGCCCUUCUCAUCGGUACUCCGCGAUUCGCCAUCAGUCGGUGGAUUGUCCUCACGCCAGGCCACCUCACCCAUUACCCAUCAACCCCUGGGAUCCUUUGGGAUCAUCUCCUCUUCCUCCUCCUCGUAUGUUGCACUGGAAAUAAAUGAGAGGAUGCUUAACUUUUAUAAAGCAAAGGAAGCCCUGCUGAUGGAGCUGAUGUUCAGAGGAUGUCUCUAUAGUGAUCAACCCUUCCUCGCCUCUGACCUUCCAUACUUCCCACCUGAAGAGGACGACACAGAGUUUGAGGACGGGAUACAUCUUGUGGUGUGUGUCCAUGGACUCGAUGGUAACAGUGCAGACCUGAGGCUCGUCAAAACAUUUAUUGAGCUCGGCCUGCCGGGAUCCAGACUUGACUUUCUCAUGUCUGAACGCAACCAGACGGACACGUUUGCUGAUUUUGACACCAUGACUGACAGACUGAUGGAUGAGAUCAUUCAACACAUUCAGCUGUAUAACCUCACAAUCCACCGAAUCAGUUUUAUUGGACACUCUCUGGGGAACGUCAUCAUUCGAUCUGUGCUGACCAAACCCAGAUUUCGCUGUUACCUGUGUAAACUGCACACCUUCCUCUCAUUGUCUGGACCUCAUCUGGGUACUCUGUACAACAACAGCACGCUGGUCAGCACAGGUCUGUGGCUGAUGCAGAAGUUGAAGAAGUCCGGCUCUCUUCUGCAGCUCACGUUCAGAGAUCACAUCGACCCAAGGCAGACCUUCCUCUACACGCUCAGCAAGAAACCAGGUCUCCAGUACUUUAAGAACGUGGUGUUGGUGGCUUCCCCACAGGACCGAUAUGUUCCUUUUCACUCGGCCCGCAUUGAAAUGUGUCGGACCGCCCUUAAAGACAGAACCACAGGUCCAGUAUACCGAGAGAUGAUCGAUAACUUACUCCAGCCAUUGCUGAACGCUCCAAACUGUCGUCUGAUCAGACAGAACGUGUUCCACGCGUUACCCAACACGGCUAACACGCUGAUCGGACGCGCGGCUCACAUCGCAGUGCUCGAUUCUGAACUUUUUCUGGAGAAGUUCCUUCUGGUCACGGGACUCAACUACUUCAAAUAGCCAAUCAAGACAUACUUUAGAGGUAACGUCAUAGUCUUGAGUUCUAGCCAAUCAGAUUACACUUCACAGGCAGAAUAAGAGUUCAUUUCAGAGAUGCCGUAUCCACGGCUCUGGAAUUUUUCAAUAAGUUCAAUCUGUGGACGCAAGAAACCGAAAUCGAAGAUUCAGAUCCUGAAUCUGAACGUAUAUCUGUAAAACUUGUACAGAAAUAAACAUUAAAUACAUAGCAAA